AUGAAGUUCACCACUACCCUCACCACUCUCGCCCUCGCCCUCGCAACUCCCGCCGCCGCGGGUCCGAUUGCCUAUGGCUUAUGCCAGACAGGCUGCAACACGGUCGCAGUGGCCUGUUACGCUGCCGCCGGAUUCCAGUUCGGGACCGUCGUUGCUAGCCCCUUGGUACCCGCGACGAUCCUGGCCUGUAACGCUGCUUUGGGAACGUGCUCGGCCACUUGCGCUACGGUGGUGCUCCUUGCGCCUAUCCCUUGA